CUCUCUAUCGAUCUGCGGUGAACAUCGAAAGAACGUUAAUGAGCCAAGCCCCACUGCCAGCCAAUCAAAACACGGCAUUCGAAAGCGUCACCAACCAGCCACUAGCACAGGAGCUGCCUCAUUAAUUAUUCAUGACAUGCCAAUGUUGUUCCAGCUCACGCGGGCUGUCGGAGAACAACACGCCGCGAGCGAGCGAAGAGCGUCACCAUGGCGACAGCGAUCUAUCUCGAACAUUAUCUCGACAGCAUUGAAAACCUGCCCUGUGAUCUCCAGAGAAACUUCACACUGAUGCGGGAACUGGACAACAGAGCCGAGGAGAAGAAAUGUGAGAUCGAUAAGCUGGCAGAAGAAUACAUCAAGAGCGUCCGAAACCUUGCUCCGGAUCAGAGAGUGGAGCACCUGCAGAAGAUCCAGAGCGGAUUCAGCAAGUGCAAAGAAUACAGCGACGACAAAGUGCAGCUCGCCAUGCAGACGUACGAGAUGGUGGACAAACACAUCCGAAGGCUGGACGCCGAUCUCGCUCGCUUUGAGAACGAGCUGAAGGAAAAGUUGGACGUCAGUGGCUACGAAAGUCCAGACAACAGAUCGGUCAAGAAAGUUAGCGGUCGAGGAAGUCUGAAGGAAAAACGACGGCCGAAAGGAAGAGGACGCAAACCUUCAGACGACGACUCGCCGCGGAAAAAGAAAAUGAAGAACAGCCCUGAGUUCUCCGACUCCGUUCUUCCAGUUCACCCAUCAGACGUCUUAGACAUGCCCGUCGACCCCAAUGAGCCCACGUACUGCCUGUGCCACCAAGUGUCAUACGGAGAAAUGAUCGGAUGCGACAACCCAGACUGUCCCAUUGAGUGGUUUCACUUCGCCUGCGUUGAUCUGACAACGAAACCCAAGGGGAAAUGGUUCUGUCCGAGAUGCACCCAGGAUCGAAAGAAGAAAUGAGAUGCACCUUUGUAACUUCGAGAGAUUACAUUUCUAUAUGAAUAUAUACGUAUGCAUAUAUAUAUGUAUUUUGUCUAAGUAGUAAAAUAGGAUAAUAUAUAUAUACUCCUUUAUAUGGCCGUGAUGAAAUACGAGAAAACAAAGUUUUUAUUUUUGAAAGUACUUGAAAUGUUUCCAUAUGUUUAAGUUCCACUCUGUGUUGUCAAAUUGUCAUUUUCAGACAAUCUAGGAUAUAUUAUAUAUGAUAUAUAUAUAUUUUUUUCUCUUUACUUACUGAUUAGUAUUUCCAUUUCUAUGAAGCUUCAAGCAAAUUUCAUGUCAUUGUGCUUUUGCUAGUGAAAUGUUUUGAGCGUGGCACAAGUCAUUCGAACGAAUUUCACAAACUUUUAACGCGCUGAAUUUGGCAUCAAACAUUGGAUAUGUGUUUGUCUUUCUUGCACUUAAAGUAUAACGCGACUACUUUUUUUCUGCAACUAUUGAUUUGCUUUGAAAUUCAAACUUGUUGUUGGAGCAAAGUGAAACUUUGAAGUGCAGGUGAUACGUUUUAUUGUUAUAAUUCUGUAAUUCCAGAAGAUAAUCCAAAAUCUCAUGCAGCAUAAGUGCUGUGUUUAAGUGUCUUUUUUUUUCAUUUAAAUUCUGCUUUAUCUUUCGCUGGUCGCAAUUAUAUUUUGCAGAACUUAAAGUGAUUAACUACUGUGGAAGCUUGUUUCCACCUCAGAAUUAAAAUAUUAUAAAAGUUUAUUCUUCAUUCAAGCCAUUCUCCAAAUGUCACAAAUUCUGAAGCUAAUGUGGCAAUAAACUUGAAUCAAGUCAAGAAGUCCUGUCGCAAUUCUGCCUUUUUUUCUCAUCAUGUGAAAAGUCUGAAUUGUGAGAUACAGAGCCGCACAAUGUUUUUUAUUCUGUGGCAGGAAAACAACAACUGAAUUGCGAGAUAUAAAAUGUACAAAGAUGUAAGUUUUUUCUCCACAAUUUUCUAAAUUCUUUAGUUUAUAUCUUGCAGUUGUGUUUCUGAUUCACCAAGAAAUAAGAGUUUUUUUUUUUUGCAGUUGCGAGUAUUAUGUAUCGCAAUUUGAACUUUUCUUCUCUGAAUUAUGAGUUUGUAUCUUAGAUUAUAUAUUUAGUUUAUAUAAAGCCCAAAAAAUUAUUUUGUCGCAGAAAAAAGGUUUAUAUUUUCUUAGUGUUUUUUGUUUCUGCUAUGUAAUAAAAAGUAAAGUAAAAAAAAAAAAAAAUAGACAAUUGCAAUUUGUAUCUUAAUUCUGAGUUUAUAUCUCACAAUUCUGACUCUUUUGCGAUUGCAAUUUUAUAUGCUUUAAUUUGUAUCUUGGAAUUCUGAAUCUUUUCUCACAAAUGCAAAUUUAAUUUAAUUUAAUUAAUUUUUUUCG